CUGGCCGGGAGGAGAGCAGGGGCGCGCGGGCGAGUGCAGGCCCUGGGAGAGGGGAAGAGCCCAGAGCAGGCAGAGUGCGAGCCGCAGUCUCCCCGGGACCCGAGCCGCCGCUACUCGCCAGGAUCCCGGUGAGCGCCUUGUCCCCGCGGCUUUGCCAAGAGGGCACUGUUACCGCCUGCCCAGCCGGGAGAGCGCUCGGGUCCACGGGGGCCGUUCUCUCCGCUCCCCGGCCGGCCGGGCAGCCGGCCACUCCGGGCGCGACCGGCCGACGAGCGCCCAGGAGGCAGCCAGCGCGAGGAGGAGUUGCGGUGGCCCCGGGCGUGGUGCGACUUCGGCAGGGCUGCUCCAGGGUGCGACCCCAGACGCGCCCACCGCGCGACGAUGAAGGUGUGGCCGCAGGUUUGCGAGGCGCUGCUCUUUGCCCUGGCGCUCCAGACCGGCGUGUGCUACGGCAUCAAGUGGCUGGCGCUGUCCAAGACGCCGGCAGCCCUGGCGCUGAACCAGACACAGCACUGCAAGCAGCUGGAGGGCCUGGUGUCCGCGCAGGUGCAGCUGUGCCGCAGCAACCUGGAGCUCAUGCACACCAUUGUACACGCCGCCCGCGAGGUCAUGAAGGCCUGCCGCAGGGCCUUCGCCGACAUGCGCUGGAACUGUUCCUCCAUCGAGCUGGCCCCCAACUACCUGCUUGACCUGGAGAGAGGGACCCGGGAGUCCGCCUUCGUGUAUGCGCUGUCGGCAGCCGCCAUCAGCCACGCCAUCGCCCGGGCCUGCACCUCCGGCGACCUGCCCGGCUGCUCCUGCGGCCCCGUCCCAGGUGAGCCACCCGGGCCCGGGAACCGCUGGGGAGGAUGUGCGGACAACCUCAGCUACGGGCUCCUCAUGGGGGCCAAGUUUUCCGAUGCUCCUAUGAAGGUGAAAAAAACAGGAUCCCAAGCCAAUAAACUGAUGCGUCUACACAACAGUGAAGUGGGGCGACAGGCUUUGCGCGCCUCUCUGGAGGUGAAGUGUAAGUGCCACGGGGUAUCUGGCUCCUGCUCCAUCCGCACCUGCUGGAAGGGGCUGCAGGAGCUUCGGGACGUGGCCAGUGACCUGAAGACCCGCUAUCUGUCGGCCACCAAGGUGGUGCACCGACCCAUGGGCACCCGCAAGCACCUGGUGCCCAAGGACUUGGACAUCCGGCCUGUGAAGGACUCGGAGCUUGUCUAUCUGCAGAGCUCGCCCGACUUCUGCAUGAAGAACGAGAAGGUGGGCUCCCACGGGACGCAAGACAGGCAAUGCAACAAGACGUCCCACGGCAGUGACAGCUGCGACCUCAUGUGUUGUGGACGCGGCUACAACCCCUACACAGACCGCGUGGUCGAGCGGUGCCACUGCAAGUAUCACUGGUGCUGCUACGUCACCUGCCGCAGGUGCGAGCGCAUGGUGGAGCGCUACGUCUGCAAGUGAGGCCUGCCUGCGCCCGUGGGGGCUCCCGGGGGCCUGCCAAGGCCCACCGGGGGGCCUGGAGACACCCCGUAGAUUUCUGCUUGUGAAUUCCAGAUGCCAGGCACUGGAGGCGGUUUGUGCUUCCCCUUGGAAGCCACCGGGAACAGAAGGAGCCCGGAACAUCAAAGGAAACCAACAAGAUUAAAAAUAACCUGGCAGCCGGAGGCCCUGGAGUGCCCGCUUGCUGCCUUCCAGGCUGGCGGAAGAAGCCAGGGGCAUGGGUUUGGCAAGACUGGUGUGGACUUGACCUUUCACAGCCAGAUCACCAGUCUCCCGGGAAGGAAGAGGGGUCUGUCUGCCCUCAUCAGAGUGUCUGCAGGCCCAGCCCUCGGGCUCCCCGGGCCCCCAGGGUUGAGCCUGCUGGGCCCACCACAUGGAACCACUAGCUCGGGUUGUAAAUGUUUUUUUUGUUUUGUUUUCUUUUUUCCUCUGGGAUGUGGGAGCUACAGAAAUAUUUAUAAAACAUAGGUUUUCCUUUGGGGUGGCUUGCCUCAAUUCCUCUUUAUAUAUUUUAUAUAUAUAAAUAUAUAUAUAUAAUGAUCUAUAUUUUAAACAAGCCUUUUAAACAGCUGUAUGAAAUAAAUGCUGAAAG